CGGAGUGCCAACAACAAAAGGUAUAAGACGUGUACAUGUGAUUUCACUUCAUUAAAUUAGUUUGGAUGUCUCUCUGAAACAUGAACAAAGCUCGUUUUAAUUACAGGUUUCAGGAAUACAGUGGCUUAUUUCCUGUAUGGAGUCCUGCUGCUGCUGAUGUUGAUUCUGCUGAUGGUCACCGGGAUCAAAUUCUCCCAGUUGAACAAGGAAAUCACUGAUGUCAAACAUCAACUCGAGAGAAUCAGCAAAGCAGGAACCACUUCAUCAGCUCAUUCGGGUCAAGCAGCGGCAGCAGUGCAGGAUGUCAUCUUGGAGAAACUUGUCGCAGUGAAAGGAUCAUGUAGGGAGGGAUGGUCGUCUUUUCAGAGAAGCUGCUACCUGCUGUCCACCACGACUCUGACCUGGAGCAAAGCAGAGGAGCAGUGCCUAACACACGGCGGACACCUGGUGGUCCUGAAUAACGUGGAGGAACUGGACCACAUUUCACAAAUAGUUGAAAUCCGGUACAGCUAUUGGAUCGGACUCGUGGAAAGAGAAGAGGACCACUGGACCUGGGCGGAUGGAACUGACUUCAGUACAACCCAAAUCUUCUGGGAUGCAGGUCAGCCCGACAACUGGGACUUCAGAGAGAACGGAGAGGACUGCGGGCAGCUUCACUCCUCUGUGAUACGCAAACGCAAACUGUGGAAUGAUGCAGACUGUAGCCUGUCGUACAGAUACAUCUGUGAGAGCAAAGCAUGAGAGACAGCCAUCAGAGCUGCUGCAGCGACUCAUGAGCAAAACCUGACGUGUUCUGAAAAAUAGGUCAAAUUUAGACCGACGGAAAUAAUAUUUUUGAUAUCAGUGUAUAACUUUAAGUAAAAGCUGAAUUUAUGAAAUUUGUUUAAGGCUCUUGCUGGAAAAUAAAACCUGAGUAUGACUACAA